AUGCCUGUGCUUCAUACAGGCCGUAGACGCACCAAGCUGGAUCGCUCAUACAAUGGGCCUCCUCGUCAGGGGCCUGUCCGCCAUAUCAGUCCAGCUCAGCUAAAUCUUGAACGUGUCUAUGAACAGAACCGCAUCAAUAUUCAAAAGAAAGAUGCAACCAAAGCUCCGGAGCCAGCUCCGGGCCCUGCGGCAAAGGGAAAACCGAGGUUACUGCUGAUGGGUCAGCGAAGGAGCGGAAAGUCAUCUAUUUCAAGUGUCGUCUUCCACAAGAUGCCUCCAAACGAGACUUUAUUCCUAGAGUCUACUGCUAGGAUUCAAAAGGAUUCCAUGCAUUCCUUUAUGGACUUCCAAGUUUGGGACUUGCCUGGUCAACUUGACUUUAUGGAUCCUUCAUUUGACCUCGAUGCCAUCUUCUGCGAAAUCGGCGCCCUCAUCUGGGUAAUCGAUGCGCAAGAUGACUACAUCGAAGCAAUCAACCGUCUGAACAGCACCAUCCUCAAUCUCCAACCCAGCUACCAAAACGUAAACAUCGAAGUCUUCAUCCACAAAGUUGACGGUCUCUCUGAUGACUACAAACUCGACAUCCAACGAGACAUCAUGCAACGCAUCCAGGAUGAGCUCUCGGAUCACGGAGUAGAAAACGCCCCUAUCACCUUCCACCUAACCUCAAUCUACAAUCACUCCAUCUUCGAAGCCUUCAGCAAAGUCAUCCAGAAACUAAUCCCCCACCUUGCAACCCUAGAAGCCCUCCUCAACGACCUCUGCCGCUCCUGCCGCUUCGAAAAAGCCUACCUCUUCGACGUCCUCUCUAAAAUCUACAUCGCCACCGAUUCCUCACCCGUCGACAUGCCCUCAUACGAGAUCUGCAGCGACUACAUCGACGUCAUCGUCGACGUAUCGGAAAUCUACGGCUGGGAGCGUCCAAAAGAGUAUAUCGAGUUCCUGGAAGGCCCGCCGUGGAACAAGAAGCUGGACGAUCAAGUGGCAUGCAAGAACGCGGAAAGCGUCAUCGUGUUGACGGAUAUGAAGCGCCCGAUUAUGUUGCGUGAGGUGAAUCAGUAUCUGGCGCUGGUGGCUAUUAUGUGCGAGGGGAGUCACGAGAAGAUGCCGAGCGUCACGAUGAAUGUGGAGGCGACGGUGACGGGGUUGAGCGAGGUGUUUGAGAUUACCAAGCAUAGGAAGUAG